GGACAAGCCUCCACCGCUGCCGUUUGAAGCGGGUUGCUAGGAGACGGCUGUGCGCGGGGCCAAUGGGGAGGCCAUUGGCGAUGACGCUACAGGUGUGCGAGCGCGCGGGAAGCCUCAAACCCCUCCCUGCCUCCCUCGGGAGUGGUGGGUCAGAGGGUCUGAGCGCGGCGCGGUUCUGAGUGCGGCUCGGCGGCCGAGAGGAGCCCGGCGGUGCCUGUGUCGGCGGCGGCUCGCUGUCCCCCCGCCGCCGGCGAUGGGGAAUGGGCUCUCGGACCAGACGCCGAUCCUCUCCAGCCUGCCCUCCUUCCAGUGCUUCCACAUCGUGAUCCUGGGCCUCGACUCGGCCGGCAAGACCACCGUGCUCUACAGGCUGCAGUUCAACGAGUUCGUCAACACUGUGCCUACCAAGGGGUUUAACACGGAGAAAAUCAAAGUGACGCUGAGCGGCUCGAAAACGGUCACCUUCCACUUCUGGGACGUGGGAGGCCAGGAGAAGCUGAGGCCCCUGUGGAAGUCCUACACCAGGUGUACGGAUGGCAUCGUAUUUGUGGUGGACUCUGUCGACAUCGAAAGGAUGGAGGAAGCCAAGACAGAACUUCAUAAAAUUACUAGGAUAUCUGAAAAUCAAGGUGUGCCUGUCCUUAUAGUGGCUAACAAACAGGACCUGAGGAAUUCCCUCUCUCUCUCAGAAAUCGAGAAGAUGUUAGCAAUGACCGAGCUGAGCUCUUCUACUCCCUGGCAUCUGCAGCCUACCUGUGCAAUCAUAGGGGAUGGACUCAAAGAGGGACUUGAAAAACUACACGAUAUGAUAAUUAAGCGAAGAAAAAUGUUGAGACAGCAGAAAAAGAAGAGAUGAGUUCUGUUUCCAGGCUUCUGUCUUAGAGUAGUUCCGUGGUCAGAAUUUGACAUAAUAGCUUCCAAAGCCUGACCCGCUUGCUUGGAAGCUGUUAAAGCCUAGUUAUGUUAAACAAUCAGUUGCACAACUUUGCCUUGUGGAAGUUGUGCAGACACAGAACCUUUUGAAAAUCAAAAACAGAAAAUAGUUUUUCCAAGGUUUCUGGCACUGUAUUAUUUCGGAUGCCCUAUAAAGUAAUAUAAAGCUAUCAGGAAACAGAUGGGUGGAUAAAUGUGACCUGGAUAUCUAAAUAGCCAAAUAAAAUGAGAGGUUUUUUUGCUUGGUGUUUGUAUUCAUAUAUUCGAGGGUGCAUUUUUACAAGAAAUAUCCAUUGAAGGCAUUUGAUGUUUUUAAACUUCUAAUGCUCGUAAGUGGAGUGUUUUAGGUGAAUAUAUACAGCUUUAAAAAUAUUCAUUUCAACAACGUGUAUGGAAUUAGCAAUUCAUUAUUUCAUGAGGCUGUGAGCCUUGGGGUUUUUUUUUAUCUUGUUUGGUAAUGAUUUCCGUGAGAGAGUUUGGCGCUAUGGUAUGUUUUUAAUUCAUCUUUUGAAGUUGAAUCACUUUUUUAGUUCUAAUACUUGAAACUUCUGUGCUGUGGAUUCUUCAACUGAUAGAGGAAAUAAGACUUUUUAGACAAAUACACAACAUGCAAGAGCAUGGAUCAGUUUUACCAACACAUAACAUGGUUUGGUGUGUAGUCUUCUUAGAAAUAGCUAUGCAUUGUUAUACGGUGCAAACUUGGUUUAGAACAUACUCAUGUCAUUUGGAGACUUGUUCCAGAAAUCUUGUUUGCUGUUCAAAAAAUUAAGUUACUGUGACAUCCCCAGAUUAUCAACACAAAAGUAAAUUUGCUGUUGCAAUAAAGGAGAUGCAUACAGCGAUUUAGGUCUUGCAAGAUUUUAAGCAGUGCAGCAUUCUGGGCUCUUUAGAUGAUAAUGGCAAUAAAACUUGAUCAUAAUGAAAUGUAAAGAGAGCUAUAGUCAACAGAGCACACUUUUUGUAUCUGCAAAAAUGCCCAGGUUUGUUAGUUACACUGCUAGGUCACUUUCUAUAUAGCCGCCUUUAUUACAGUUUUUGUAGUGCUUGUGGUUAAGAAUGUAAAGAAGCUUUAUACACUUGAAACACUUGACGCUGGGAAAACAUCAGUUUAAAGAUGGCCUGUGUUCUGCUCUAAUUAUGCUUUAAGCUGUUCUUGUUUACAAAGUGCGCAAACAGUAUUAACUGGGCAGGACAGUAAAUCUAAUGAGAAGGGAGAAUAGUUUUUUCUUACUGGUACAGAACUUCAAACAGCUGUCUAGACAUCUUGAUUAGCAAUUUAAAAGGGCUAAACUAGAGCCUGAAUUUUAAGAUUAACUUUAGUGGUGCUGUAAAAUAGAAUGUUAGACUAUCUUGAAACUUCCAUUAGAAAUAUCAGUCUUAAGGGAACAAUGCAAGAAUCAUUGUGUCUUACUCACUCAACCAGCAAAGUUAAUGCAUUCUUACCUACAGCCAUGUAUUAAGAGGAUAACCUCUGAAUGUCAGACAAUGUAAGGUAUUGAUAUCUGUUUAAAAUCAAACUUCAUAGGCAGCAGCUGUUUGUCCAGAAGGUAACCAAAAAUGCACUUUAGUGUUUUCAAUAAUUGAAAGUGACAGCUGGUUUUUUUGGGGUUUUUUUUGUUUUUUUUUUUUAAUGACACCCUGAUCCUUCUGAAAGAAUUGAAGUAGCUUCCAGUGGAGCUUUUGUAUGUUGGUUAUAUAUGUACCUGCACUAGUGACAUUGAAAGUCACUUACUCAGUAAUGUCUAUAUUUAUAGAAAUGUGGAUAACUUCUUAAACCUCAAUAAACACAACUCAAAACAAGUCUGCAGGGAGAAGGUGUUUGACUUACUUGAGUUGCCGUGGAGUGUUCUUGUUGGCCUCUAUGUGCAAAUCUCGCUCUCAAUAGCAGUAGAACUGUCUGCAUGGAAAUCAAACUCUUAUAAAUGUGGUGAGAUUCGUAAAUGUGACAAUGUUAUAAAUCACAGGUAUCUCAUUAGACUUAAUAUCAAUGG